UAUCAUACAAAAGCACAAGAGAGAUGUUCGUUAUACGAUCAGUAACAUUGCUAUAACCAUGUGAUUUGAUUUGUGAUUAUAAUUUUUUUAAUUCGUUUUUACAAAAAUUAAUUAAUGAAAUGUUGCAAUAUUUUGUUUUUGUUUUUAAAUACGUGUAUGGUUAAAUACGCAGUAUAUUUUACGUGUAUUAAGUAUAUAAUAUCAUAGAAUAAAGUGUAUUCAAACAAYCUACAGAACCAUAAAAGUAAAAUAAAUGUUACACAUGAAAACUGAGAAUAUAAAAUAAAGCACUAUUAUGAAAUACAUUACGAUAUUGGUAAUUUUAUUAAACUUUUAUGUACGUGCAAUAAAAAGUUCAAAUAUACUUGUUUUUGUGCCAUCACCAUGGAAAAGUCAUAUUACUUCUUUCCAACCAUUAUUCUUGGAGUUAGCAAACCGUGGUCAUAAUAUAACAGUGGUAUCAAAAUUUAUAGUUAAAGAUCCACCACCUACAUAUACACAAUUGAUUCCUUCUUAUGAAUUUGAUAUUGAUGGAAGAUCGGAUUUCUUAAUGCGAGAUCGGAGCAUUCAUUACUCAUUUUUCGAAGAUCCAAUAACACGUAGCACAAUAUUAGUCGACACAACAUAUAUGUUUUUAUCUGACCCAAAAGUGCAGAAAUUUAUUAGAUAUGAUCAAUCAGCGUUUGAUUUAGUCAUCAUUGAAUCAUUUUUUCAAGAGUGCACUGUAGCGCUGGGUCAUAAAUACCAAGCACCAGUAAUUUCAAUCGUUCCAGUAACUCCUUGGGUAAGCGUAUCUCGAUGGACAGCAAAUCCUACAGAUUUUUCAUACAUUAAGGAUUUUAUGCUGGAUGGAGGUAAGUCAAUGACUUUCUGGGAACGAUUCACUAAUUGCUAUAUUGGGUUUUACUGUCUAUUUGUUGAACUCAUUACGUAUAUUCCGAAAUUGGAAAAUAUAAUGGAUACUUAUUUCCAAUACCCUGGAUAUGAAAACCGGCCUACAAUGUCAGAGAUGCUGAAGAACAUAUCGCUCAGUUUAAUUGACUCUGAUUCAACAAUUUUUAGUCCACGACCAUAUAUUCCAAGUUUUAUUGAAGUAUCUGGUAUCCAUAUUAAACCUAAAACGCAAAUGGACRAGAGACUACAAGACUUUAUGGACAAAGCUAAUACCGGUGUUAUCUAUUUCAAUUUUGGUACAAUAUUGAAUGUGACAAGUAUACCUAAACUGUCUCUGCGCAGUUUGAUUAAUGUAUUAGGCCGAUUAGAACAAAAAAUUGUGUUUAGAUGGAUUAAUAAUGACACUAAAAAAUUUCCAGCAAAUUUUUAUGUCAAUUCUUGGCUCCCACAAAGAGAAAUCCUAAAUCAUCCAAAUUGUAAAAUUUUUAUUACUCAUGGAGGAGUUCAUGGAAUUAUAGAGACAAUAGAUGCUGGGAUUCCAAUUAUUGGAUUUCCUGUUUUCGGGGACCAGUUUCAAAAUGUUAGAAUCAGUCAAGAAAAUGGGAUUGGUAUUAUGAGUAAUAUUUUUACGAUGACAGAAGAGACAUUUGAAAAAGAUAUAAAGMUUAUAAUCAAUAAUAAGAAGUUUUCUGAAAAUGUUAAAAGAAUGUCUUCCAUAUUCCAUGAUCGAUCGAUGUCAGCUAUGGAUACGGCGGUAUAUUGGGUAGAAUACGUAAUCAGAAAUAAAGGAGCUCAUCAUUUACGUUCUACUGCAGUAGGUUUAACGUGGUACCAGUAUUAUUUAUUAGACGUUAUUACAUUUUUUAUUAUAGUUUUAUUGUUUUUUAUUUGUAUUUGCUAUUUUCUUACUAAACGGAUUAUGAGUGUAAUGUUUAAUUUGUUCACUAAACCAAAAAUAAAUUAACGUUUUGUGAGA